CUGAACGCCCUCAAUAGUCCAAACGCAGACAGGUACAUUUCCCUUUGGAAUUCGUCGCUUCGGUAGUUUGUGUCUGCUGCCAAAAACGUCUUCAAAAUGGCUGUGUCAACGAGUAUCUCUUUCCUGCUGUCCACUCUGCUGACCAUCUCCAUCUUUGCCGGGAUGCAGAUGUUUAAGAAUCAGCUGGGAGCUUCGGAGUGGAUGACAAUCCUCGGAGGUUUCAUGGGCUCAGUGUUGUUCUGUCUCAUGCUUACCGCUGUUGGAAACUUUGAAUCAUUGAUGUUUGGAAAAGGUUUCCAGUUGAAAAUCUUCCCUGAAGUUGCCCUGUGCCUCGGUGCCGCCAUGUUUGCAUCUGGACUCGUACAUCGUGUCUGUGUCACAACAUGUUUUAUAUUCUCUCUGGUGGCUGUGUAUUACAUCAACAAGAUUGCUCAAACCAAGUAUGCACCUAUCGUCGCCACCCAACAAAGCCAAGGAAAGAAGAGGAGAUAAAGAAAUCCACUGACACAUUCACUCGUAUCAUCUUUGUUAUUUUCAAAAAAAUGUCCCAAUUAUAAGUCAAAAUCAAAACCAACCAAAGAAUGCAAUUUUAUAAAAACUCAAAGUAGGGUUGGAAUGGAUUAAAGCCUUGUUCAUACUUCCUGCGAAUGUGAAUGCGAUGUUUUCGCAACAAAUAAUUUGCAUCAGUUGAAAUGUGCUCAACUC